UGCCUUUGGAUUAAUUGUGCAAACAAGUUGAAUAUGGAUUGGUUGAACUCUGCUCGGCUUGUGGUUUAUGUGGAAUGAAUGAACGCAACAAAUACAUCUUUCAGCAGCCACACAGUGUCGCAGGCGACUCGGUAAUCUUUUUGUCAACUCUUUCUCCUGUUCUAUCUGUCCUUCAACUGAUUUCGACAAAGUAGGAGACUAAUCUCCAUCUUUCUUCUAGUAAAAAAGGAACAGCACGCCGCAGAAGAUCCUAAAUAUUGCAAGUGGAAGAAGAUUUCUGUGAGAAAGUAGUGGCAGAUUGCUGUCGGUCUUCCAAGAUUUCAUCGCAGAGUUUCUUCUCAUUGGUGCGUUGACGUAGCGAUGUGAAGGGUCGAUGCAUGGAGGCGACGUCAAACUUGAUUCGGUGAGACAGUUCGUCUAAAAAAACAUUUUCAACAGUUCGGGGAGGUGUUGAGUCUUCCAUUAGCCAUUAGUCAACGCCUUGCCUUGCUCUGCAAGAAGCUCUCCCUACAAGGGCGAACCCGAGUGUGGCUGCCUCUCAACUCGGAGAUCCAUGGCAACGGCAGAGGGAGUAGAGGUGAAGCUGAUCGGGACAUGGCCGGGCCCGUUCGUGCUGCAUGCGAGGAUCGCGCUGAACCUGAAGGGGGUGGAGUACGAGUUCCUGCACGAGAAGUCUGGGGAGAAGAGUGAGCUGCUUCUGAGAUCCAACCCCGUAUACAAGAAAAUCCCCGUCCUCCUCCACCACGGCAAGCCCAUCUGCGAGUCAAUGAUCAUCGUGGAGUACGUCGACGAGGCCUGGCCCGGCGCCGGCCGUGCCAUCUUGCCGGCCGACCCCUACGAGCGCGCUCUCCACCGGUUCUGGGCCGCGUACAUCGAUGACAAGUUGAACCCAUCGGGGGCUGCGUUAUCGAAGGCGCAGACGGAGGAGGCCAAGGGGGAAGCAGCGGGGCAGGUGAUCGCGGGGCUGAAGCUACUGGAUGAGGUAUUCGGGAGACUGAGCAAAGGAAACGGAUUCUUCGGAGGGGACGACAUCGGAUACGUCGACAUCGCCUUGGGGUGCUUCCUGGGGUGGCUGAAGGUGAUGGAGAAGACUAGUGGUGUGAAGUUCAUCGACGAGGAGAAGAUGCCUCUGCUUGCGAGGUGGGCGGAGAGGUUCUGCGCCCACGAGGCAGUGAAGGCGGUGAUGCCGGAGCCAGAGAGGUUAGCGGAGUUCGUUAGGAAGCGUGCCGCUAGUGCCAAAACUCCUCCGGCAAACUAAAAAACCUUUAAG